AAGGAAAAUUUUAAACUUUAGCCAACUUGAUUGUGAAUUACGAUGGACAUUUCAGGUGACUGAGAACAAUUCUCUUCCUACGGUUUUCAUGCAUGGUGCCAGGCAGUCACUGACAGCUUCCAAAAACAAGACCCGUUUUUGAAAGGAACAAAUACACUGCUAUUGUUGUUGUUAUUGUCAAAAAAUAGAAAAAAAGCAUCCGAAGCUUCCAGAUAGAGCAGUAGAGAAUUCCGGCAUUCCAAAAUUUGGUUGGCUUUUAAAUGUAUUUCAGAAACCAUGCGCCUCCAUUCUAGUUCAAUCCAAAGGAAACUCAUGGUUUUGUAACAUAUUUCAUGCAUGAUGCGUUAAAUUUCUAGCCUCUUAAUUUGACAAUUUUUUUUAGUAGGACUUCGAGGCAAUCUUCUCUGCACGUAACUAAAAACUUGUACUCACAUUGAGCAUAGUCCAAAGAAAAAAAUACUCUAAAAUUUUGAAUUUGUUUUUAAAUAAAUCAAAAACUGUCACUCUUGUAACAGCCAAACAGUCGAAAAGAUACAAACAAUUCCUGAGCAUUUUGAGUUUUGCAGUUGCAUUAGAUAGAUGGAAGUCCUUACAAAUUGAAAGGAAAAUUUCAAAAUUCGAUUAGCUUUGAACAGCUGCACCUUUACUGUGCUAUAACUGACAUCUCGAGUAUCUCGAGAAGUCCCGCCUGGUUACUAAAAUGUAGUCUAUAUUCGAACCAUCGAACACCUGCUGUUCGAGAGCACUCGAAAGGUAGUUGCACGACUCAAGAUUAUUUACCGAUAGAACACAGAUGAGAAUGAUAAUGCUCUAUAUUUGCACUUUAUCUCGAUGAUUAAAUUUCAUCAGUUUAGUAUCAUCAGGACACUGUUUCGAAAAUGAUCAAAUUCGCAGUCUUUCUAGCGGUUCUCCCGCUGAUCUUUGCCGAUGUGGUUCCCGUCAAACAAUGUAAAUCGGGACCCCUGCCGACUGCGGUGGACGUUGUCGGUUGCAGCAAAGUUCCUUGCAAGCUAGCCCGUGGACACGACGCCAUCGCUCACGUAAACUUCAGUCCAGACGUCGAUGUAUCCGCGCUACGUCCGGUAGUUUACGCCACGGCCCUGGGUGUUACGGUUCCGUUCGAGUUGCCGAAGGAUCACCAGAAUGCUUGUAACUGGCUGGAAGGAAGUCAGUGUCCACUGUCCGCCGGAGAGGAUGUUUCGUACCUGCUGAAACUACCGGUGCAGAAGUUCUACCCACCGAUUCCAAUAAACGUCGAACUUCAGCUCCGUGAUCAGUCCGAUAAUGUGGUGACUUGUUUCAAGUUGCAAGCCAAGGUCGCUUGAAGAGUGACUUAAAUAUUGAAUAUGAAAUAUAGCGCUGGAUUUCGGAAAUAUAUAUCAAAGUUUCCUUUAAAUAGAUCGUUUAGAGUUCAUUGUUCCACGAUUAUUUGUCACAAUAAAUCCCGCAUAGCAUUCUCACGGGAUAUAGAUACUCGCAACGCUAAUCUACUGCAUGAAAUUAAUUGGAUUCCCUUAUGAUAUGUUCACUAAAAUAUUUAAUGUAUUAUUUUCAUUUUUUUAAUUAUUUUUCUCUUGAAUAUUUAAUGUUUUAUUAAACCAUUACCUUCGUUGUAGCUCGAAUUUGAUUGUAUGCGGGAAAUCAAAUUGUAUUCUCUACUGGAAAUGACAUGAGAGUGCAUCCAUUCUGCUGUGUAUAUAUUAACUGUAUUUUCUUCAUCUGAUAUAUUGUAUCUUUUUUUUUUCCUUUUUUUUUAAUAACUAUUUAUUGGAAUAUGAGUUAUAAUUAAAUUAUUAAGAUUUAAAUUGGGUGUUCAGCCACAAGUGGUGACUUUUCAGCCCUUUUAUAUAUAUGAUUUGGUUGUUACCAUGAGGACAUUAUUUGCUUCCGGAAUUGUGAGAUUUUUGUGUAGGGAAAAUUCUAAACCUACUUGUAUUGUGUAAUGGGGAAAAGGAACUUAUAUACUAACUUACUAACUAAUACAGAGAGCGAAUCGAUUCAAUUGAAGAUUGCAUCGAUUUUUGUCGGAAUUUGCUUAUAAUAUUAUGUGACAUUGCAUCUAAUGGUUCUAUAUUUGUGAGUCUGUGUAACUCAUUUGUACUAAACCAGGGAGGACGCUUCAAAAUCAUUUUCAGAAUUUUAUUCUGAAUCCUUUGAAGCGUUUUCUUCCUGGUGAAACAACAACUUGACCAAAUUGGUACUGCAUAAAGCAUGGCUGG